AUGCCUCCAAAGCGCAAGUCCGUCGCGGCGUCAAGCGCAACUGAAAGUAUCGCAACCCCGGCGAAAAGAAUGCGCAAUUCUGUAGCUGCCACUCCGGCGUCUGCCCCGGCGGCCCCUCCGGUCGAUGUUACUCCCCAGACUGGUGAGAAGAGAGGUCGUGGCCGUCCUCGCAAAUACCCCGAGGGCGAGACCCCCAAGCCUCCUGCUUCUGAUGGGCCCAAGCGUGGCCGUGGUCGUCCUCGUAAGAUUGCUGUGCAAUCUGAGCCUGAGACUGAACCUGCUACGCCUUUGGUCCCUAAGAGAGGUCGUGGACGUCCUCGCAAGGACACCGUCUCUGUGACAGUUGCCACACCGGAGAUCAAGAAGAAAGAUGGCCGUGGAAGACCUCGUAAGGAACCUGCUGCUGAAACACCUGCAACAACCACGGAAAUCAAGAAGAAGGAUGGUCGUGGACGCCCACGAAAGAACCCUUUGCCAAAUGACGAGCCUCCAGCUUCUAAGUCCCCAAAGGCAACUGACGCGCCCGAGGCAAAGGCAGCACCAGUAAUCAACAACAAAGUCUCCGAUACUAACCGCUCUUUCUGGCUUAUGAAGGCAGAGCCUGAGUCACGCAUGGAGAAGGGCGUUGAUGUCAAGUUUUCCAUUGAUGACUUGGCUGCUGCAACCGUGCCAGAAGCCUGGGAUGGAGUGCGCAACCAUGUUGCACGAAAAUCCAUGCAGGAGAUGAAGAAAGGAGACUACGCAUUUUUCUACCAUUCAAACUGCAAGACUCCCGGCGUGGUCGGAGUGAUGGAGAUUGUCCAGGAAUCUUCCGUUGAUAGUUCGCACCCCGAUUCCACCCCGCAUGAUCUCACCCCUAACCCAUUAUCUUCCACAGAGUCCGCCUUCGAUACCGCACACCCCUACUAUGACAAGAAAUCCAAGCCCGAGGACCCAAAAUGGGUCGUUGUACAUGUCGAAUACCGCCGCAAGCUCGGCAAGCAGGUCACCCUCGCAGAACUGAAGGCGCACGCCCAACCCGGAAAGCCAUUGGAAAACAUGCAAAUGCUCAAGCAGUCUCGCCUCAGCAUUUCCUCUGUAACCCCGGCCCAGUGGCAAUAUAUCCUGGAACUGGCGGGUGAGAAGCCCUUGGAGGAAUUUACCAAGGUGGAGCCUGAGGAGGUGCUUACCAAGGUGGAACCCCAGGAGGAGAAGAAGAAGAUAUGA